AUGCCGCCGUCUGACUUCAAGAAGCUCAAGGUGGAGCUGUCGGGUGUGAUCUUUCAGUUGGCAUCGCUACACGAGCUUCGUAAUAUGCAUCCACUGCUCGUUGAUACGGAAACGUUCGACGGCGCCGACAACGACGACUCGCUACUAUCGUUGCUCGUGAUACUACGUCAAGCUUUGGAUUGC